ACUUGAAUUGAUAGUGUUGCAUGCGACAAGGACGGCAAGCUUUCUGCAUGGCCCGUCUGUCUUCUUCUCCACCAAAUGUAUGAGGCCGACGUCGAAACUGUUUCUCUCAUGUACUUCACAGAUGCAUCAAUUGGAUUGGAUUCUUAUAAACCUCUCUGCUAACAAAAAAAAUCAGAACAACACAACCGGACCAUCAACCUCACAAGCUUCUUCGACCACUUCUAUCAAGCCGAGUUUGAGCCAAAUUUCCUUUGCUUCCGCGCACUGAAAUAGAACAUGCUUAAUAUCAUCUUUAUUUUUGAUGGGCCGAAUUGUGCAGUCCCCACCAGCAGGGCCCAUUUCCCGGCGGAGCGAGCGGUGGCCCCUAAAACCCUAUCCGCGGCCCCACCGCCCAGCGAUAACCAACCUCUCCUGCCAAAGAACUCGCCGAGACGCCGCCCGCCGCCGCCGCCAAGCCGUAACCGAAGAGGGAGGGAGCCCAAGCGAAGCAAAACCCCCCAAAUCCGAUCUUCCAUGGAGUCGCAGCUGCAGGGCAAUGGCGAGCAGGCCACGGACGCGCGCUACCACGACGCCCCGUCGGCGGCGCCGGUGCCGGCCAGCAAUGCGCCGCUGGCCAUAGCGGUGGUCCCGGCGGCCGCGCACGGGCCCGUCGUGCCCAAGCCGGAGCAGGCGCCGGGGGAGUUCCUGGGCGGCCUCGCCGUCGCGCUCCCGCCGCGGAACCGCGACCGGCACACGAAAGUCGAGGGCCGCGGGCGGCGCAUCCGCAUGGCGGCGCCCUGCGCGGCCAGGGUCGCGCAGCUCACGCGCGAGCUCGGCCACAAGACGGACGGCGACACCAUCCGCUGGCUCCUGCAGCAGUCGGAGCCUGCCAUCGUCGCCGCCACGGGCACGGGGACGGUGCCCGCGAUCGCCACCACCGUCGACGGCGUGCUCCGCAUCCCCACCGAGUCGGCCUCCGCCGCGGGGGCCGACGGCGCGGGGCCGGCGUCCAAGCGGCGCAAGCUCCAGCCGACGCGCGCGGCGGGCGGCGCGGGGCCGCUCGUCGCGGCGCCCCCCGCGGCCUACUACCCCGUGGCCGCCGACCCCCUCCUGCAAGGCAACGGCGCGAUUUCGGUGUCCAGCGGCCUCGCCCCCGUCUCGGCCGCGGCGGCGCCCGCGGGAGGCGGCAUCCCGUUCUUCACCAUACGGGUGCCGGCAUCCGGCGACGGCAAGCAGAUGGUUUCCUCUGCAGGCAUGUGGAUGCUUCAGCAGCCGCCCGCCGCCGGAGGCGCGCCCAACCAGCCGAUGCAAUACUGGCCGUUCCCGCCCAACCCUGCAGAGUUCAACAACUUCCCCGGCGCACAGGCCAUCAACGUCGCCAACUACCAGCAGCAGCCGUGCUACAGCCCGAUGCAGUUCGUCGCCGCCGGCGGGGAGCCACAGGACCAGCAACAAGCCGACGGCCGGAGCGAGGGCGCCGACGGCCAGACCCAGGGCCUGGAGGACGACUACGACGGCGAGGCCCUGACGGACUCCAGCUCCGAAGAGUAGCACGGCACGGCAGCGUUAUGCCUCCAUAGUGAUAGAACAAACUCGAAUCCAAGACUAGGUUAGAACUUUUGCCUGAUCUGAUUUUCUUCUUUCUUUCUUUCGUUCUUGUGCAAUGUCUCAUAUAUGAUGUUGGGGAUUUUGGGUUGGAUUGAAAUUUGGAAACUGGUGUAGAGAAGUAUUUAGUGUCGACAAUUGAGUAGAAAAGGUUGACAUGCCCAAAAGUAUUACUACGAUUUUAUCUGCUUUCUCUGGUUGUGUGGUAGUAGUAGCAAAUGUCCUGUGCACUCCGUGUGUUUUUUGUUUGUUAUUGUGGUCAAUCUUUUGACUUUCCUAUGUGUUUGGCUGCUAGUUGAGUAGUAUCUGCAAGAACACAAAUGUAUUCCUGUUUGAAAUAGCGGAAGUUCUAGGUUUGCCAAGGGUCAAAACUUUUUUAAGUUUGACCAACUUCAUAGAAAAAAUUAUUAAUAUUUACAACAUUAAAUAUAUAA